AUGUAUAGCAAUAUAAUUGCACAGGAAUCUAAUGAUUAUUCAUCAAUUAUAUUAAAAUUAUUAGGUGAUCAUUUAGCUGAAGCAUGUGUUCAAUACUUAUAUGAAUAUAUUGGUCAAGAACUAUGGAUUUAUGUACCGAACGAAAAUUUAUCAAUUAAAGAUUUACUUUCAAUCAAAUAUCAAGAUAUUAGAUUAGUUGCUGAAGCAAUUGAAAUUGAAGUAACAGAAUCACUUGCUAUGCAACCAUCAUCAGCUGUUUCAGGACUUUAUAUAGUUCAUCCAGAAUGA